UGGUGCCGGCGCCAAAUAUUCUUCACUUAUUGUUAUAACAAACAAACUGCACCAAUCUUCACACCCUAAAACUCACUCCAUCAGACCUCCGGUUCCGGUCACCAGUCACUCCGGCAGAACUUUUCUCUGCUUAUUUGACUGUUUUUUUUUUUUUUUUGCUGAUGACGGAAGGAGUAAACGGGUUUUCAUCGCCGAGAUCGGAUGUUUUUCCGGCAGGUCUUCGUGUACUUGUGGUUGAUGAUGAUCCCACUUGGUUGAAGAUUCUUGAGAAGAUGCUCAAGAAGUGCUCCUAUGAAGUUACGACAUGUGGACUAGCGAUCGAGGCUUUGGAUCUGCUUCGUGAGAGAAAAGACGGGUUCGACAUUGUAAUUAGUGAUGUUAACAUGCCUGACAUGGAUGGUUUCAAGCUUUUAGAGCAUGUUGGACUUGAGAUGGAUCUUCCUGUCAUAAUGAUGUCUGUUGAUGGAGAAACGCGCAGAGUUAUGAGAGGUGUGCAGCACGGGGCAUGCGAUUAUCUUCUAAAACCGAUACGAAUGAAGGAGUUAAGAAACAUAUGGCAGCAUGUUUACCGAAAGAAGAUUCACGAGGUGAGAGAUACGGAAAGUCACGAAGGUCUUGAAGAGAUUCUGAUGAUGAGAAAUGUGUCGGAACAACAACAAUCUGACGACGGGUACUUGUUUUGUGGGGGUGAUAUGACACCAGGUAGUAGUAGGAAAAGAAAAGAUUCCGAACAUAAGUAUGAAGAUAAUAAAGAGUUUGCGGAUCAUUCUUCUUCGGUCAAGAAAGCGCGAGUUGUUUGGACCGUUGAUCUUCAUCAGAAAUUUGUCAAAGCUGUCAAUCUUAUUGGUUUUGAAAAAGUCGGUCCUAAGAAAAUACUUGACCUCAUGAACGUGCCGUGGUUAACGAGAGAGAAUGUUGCAAGCCACUUGCAGAAAUAUCGUCUCUACUUAACUAGGCUACAAAAAGAUGAUCUUAAAACUUCGUCUAGUGGGCCAAAACACCCGGAUCUUCCUCCAAGAGACGCCGCACCUGAAAACUGUACCGAAUCUACAAAAGUUCAACAAAACGAAGUCGUCAGCAGCCACCGAACUCCCAACAACCUUAAUAUCCAAAACUCCAAUCCGACGAUCCAUAAAGUUGAUAUCAAAAGUAAUGCUUCAUUGCAGCCGAUAAAACCCAAGAAAAUAUUAACCGGUUAUGCAGCCAAGACGGAAAUGAGCCACCCUUUUGAGUCAACUCAGUACCCGCCAUUUAACUCAAUGUUGCCGACUCAGUACUCUUGGGGUGGAGGUUCUAAGGAAAUACAAUUCAAACAGGAACACAACCCUCCACAGUUUCAAGUACAAAACGGUUUUUUCACUGGUCUCGGACUGCCAGCUCAGCAGAACACUAUGCCAAGUUUCCAACCACCUGAUCCAGUCACCGGUCCCACAUGGAGCCUGAAAGACCAUCCAAAUAAUAUGGAAUUAUCACCUUUUUUGCUUCAGGGUCAACAUUUUUCUUCAACAAACGUUGACCAUCAAUACAAAGGAGUACUUUCCGAGUGUAACGAUCAAGAGUUCUUAUACGAUACACUGAGAUUCGACUAUGAGUAUUCUACUGACCCGUUGGAAUGGCCUGUAAUAGAUCAAGGUCUAUUCAUACAAUGAUCAUGCCACGUCAUCAUAUGGAACGGAUAGUUGAAACAUGAUACAGGGGCUAGAGAGAUGGAUCCUCGUCAGCAAAAAUUUAAGGUGUGCUACUAAUUUUGUUUUGGGGUACAUAAAUUGAUCCUUUGGAACAAAUUACGUUAGAAACUUGUUUCUUUUACGAUAGAAUAAUAAUAAUAAUACUUUAUACCUUGCAUACAAAACUAGUAUUAUUAUGACAAUCUUGCUUGUAAAUAAGCAACUAUGCAUUACCGGCUAUUACAUUAUAAGGAAUAUAAUCAAUUUCGGGUGUCAUGCGA